UGCCACCGAAUCAAGUCUGCUGAAUACUUAGACAUUGCUCAAGUUUUCAUACAAGAUUUAUUGAUUUAAUCUUUCAAAACGUUAUAUUCUCGCGUGUUGUCGUCGUUAGAGUUGCAUGUUUGCAGUGUCUUGUGUAGUAAAUGUGUUAGGCCAAAACGAAUUUGACUGUGCUGUCAUUUGUAAUUUGCAGAAAGAAUGGCGCUGAAUAAAUCAAUGCAUCCUCGAAACCGUUAUAAGGAUAAACCUCCAGAUUUUGUGUAUCUGGCUUCCAAAUAUCCAGAAUUUCAGAAACACGUGCAGACCACACUGACCGGCAGAGUGACACUGAACUUCAAGGAACCGGAGGCUGUUCGGGCUCUUACGUGCACCCUGCUGAAAGAGGACUUUGGCCUCACCAUUGAGAUCCCCCUGGAACGGCUCAUCCCCACCGUCCCACUCCGCCUUAACUACAUCCACUGGGUGGAGGACCUGAUUGGGGGGCAGGGUAACUCACGGAGGGGCAUCGACAUUGGUACCGGAGCCUCCUGCAUUUACCCCCUGCUGGGAGCCACCAUGAAUGGCUGGUUCUUCCUUGCCACAGAAGUGGAUGACAUCUGCUUUAAUUAUGCAAAGAAGAAUGUUGAGCAAAACCACCUGGCAGAGCUCAUUAAAGUGGUGAAAGUGCCCCAGAAGACUCUACUGAUGGAUGCACUGAAAGACGAGUCCAUUGUCUAUGAUUUUUGCAUGUGCAAUCCUCCUUUCUUUGCCAACCAGUUAGAGGCGAAGGGGGUGAAUUCGAGGAACUCACGCAGACCUCCUCCCAGCUCCAUCAACACAGGAGGGGUCACUGAGAUCAUGGCUGAGGGUGGAGAGCUGGAGUUUGUGAAAAGGAUCAUCCAUGACAGUCUGCAGCUCAAGAAGAGACUUAGGUGGUAUAGUUGCAUGCUGGGAAAGAAGUGUAGCCUGGCCCCUUUAAAAGAUGAGCUGCGGAAACAAGGGGUGCCCAAAGUCACUCACACAGAAUUCUGUCAAGGUCGAACCAUGCGCUGGGCCCUGGCUUGGAGUUUCUAUGAUGACGUUCCUGUGCCGUCUCCCCCCUGUAAGAAGCGUAAGCUGGAGAAGGUUCGUAAGCCCCUCACCUUCACUGUGCUGAGGCCCACUGUGGUGGAGCUGCAGGUCCAGGCGCCCAGCAUUGGCUGCACCGACGCCAGCCCCACAGAGAGUGUCUUAUCCUGGUUGGAAAAGAUACUGACAGACCUAAAGGUGCUUCACAAGCGUGUACUUUGUGGAGAAGCAGAACUUAGCCUCUUCCUGACAGCAGUGGAGAACACCUGGAUCCAUACUCGCCAGAAGAGACGAGAACAGGGCCGGCAUCUCCGCGAGCUUCCUAGAGCACCACCAAGCUCGGCCUGCAACACUGACACCUCCUCUCCAUCUGUACUCAGCACAAAUGCUCCAACACCUGCAACUGAGGGCAGCAUCAACACUGCUGACAGCAACGGGAAGGAAAAAGAGAAGCAGCACAUCCCAGAGAAAGAUGCUGAUGUCCCCAUGGAAUCCCCCACAAGCCAGGUACCCACUGAAGAGAAGGAAGCGGCUGUUUGCAGUCCUCAAAAUCCAGAGACAGUCCAGAACUUUCUCUUCAAGUGCCUGGUUAAUGUGAAGGCGGAUGAGAGUGAUGUGGUGGUGGAGAUGCAUUGGGUGGAGGGGCAAAAUAAAGAUCUGAUGAACCAGCUCUGUACGUGUUUAAAGAAUUCUCUCAUUCGGCAGGUAGCCAAGCCCACUUAAGGCUUAAGCUUUCUUUUCCCCUUCCAACACAGAUUGACCACAGUCCACUUUGCUAUAAGUCAUAGAACUGGUCAAGCUGCUAAUUUGACAAAACUACACACAACCAGAUGUUUUAUUAGUCAAGGUAUGAUCUGCCAAUUUUGAACUAAGUUUGAAUACAUUUGUAAUAAACAUGUUUUAAAUAUGUCAGAUGUUUAGUGUCGUUUUGACUUCUGCUUGGUAAUUUGCCUAAUCAGUCAUAUGUACAGUCAAUAGAGUAGAAAGACAAGAAAGAAGAAUAUGAAGAAGCAUUUCUUAAAGGAUUUAUAAAAUUGCAUAACCUGACUGUCACUUUGUCAAAUAAUUAUUUUGGCUUUCUUAGAUAUUUUAGCAUUUAUAUUUUUUUUUAAUUUGCAUGCAAACCAAACUUAGUUUUACAUAAGAGGCAAUAGCUUCCUGCUUUAACAAAUCUAGGAUAAAGUUUGUCCCUAUUAGCUCCUUGGAGAAAAUAAUAUUUGGGAAGUCGUUGUUUUUCUGCAUUUCCAUUCCCUGGAAUGCCUUUGUUU